ACUCGUUCCAUCAUUAUUCAGAACUUCCAUUACGUAGCUUGUACGUAGCUGUGUCAUCUCCAGAAAUCAAACCCUAAUAUUCAUUCACGACCCAACAUGUUGGUCGACCUUGCCCACAAUCCUCUCCCUCUCGACUUCCCAUGGCUCAUGCUGCCCGACCACCACCGUCACCACCACCACGGCGUUCAUGACGGCGCUGAAGCUUACGAAAACCAAAACCUGAAGUGUUUCUUCAGCCUUUACACCCACCAAACCCACUGUCUCGUACUGCCCGAGGCUUUCGAAAAGACUGUGUGUGGCUCGUCAUCGGGGUGGCUAAUCUUGCGCGAUGAAACCACGUCGUCUGUCGCCCUCCUCAACCCUCUCAACCGCGCCCAAAUCGCUCUCCCACAGCUCUGCUCCUCUCCGUUUUACGAUCAAGACCCUUCACGUGUUCUUCACAAAGCUGUGCUAUCCGCAGACCCUUCCCGCUAUCCGUUUGAUUACAAAGUAUUGGCGAUUUUCGGAGAGAAGCGAAGGCUCGUAUGCUACAAAGCGAGGGACAAGACAUGGACAGUGCUACAAGAUGCAGGGAAUAACUAUGAAGACAUUAUUUUGUUUAAGGGGGAGGAGUUGCUUGCCACUACUGAGAUUGGAAAGCUCGUUUUGUGCGAUCUUGAUGACGAUGGCUGUUUUUCGCCGAGAGUUGAUGAAAUCGCUCCCCCUUUUACCUUCAAAGGAGGCAAAGUUUAUCUUGUCGGCAUUGGUGGAGAGCUCGUGAUGCUGAUAAGAUUUGUGCAGGACAACCCUCGUUACGGCCAUGAGACUUAUGACUUUGAGGCUUACAGGUAUGAUCAGUUUGAAGGCGAAUGGGAACCCAUCAAUGGCUUAGGAGAGUGGACAAUUUUCGUGGGGCAUAACCACACUUCCGCCAUUAAAGCUCAAGAUUUCAAGGGGCUAAUAAAACCCAACUGCAUCUAUUUCACUGACGAUAGUUUGGACAUGGAAGAUAGCUUGAUGGUUGGCCACGAUUUGGGAGUCUUUAGCAUGGAAGACAGAAAAGUUGAGCUGCUCGGAUGUGAUUUGAGUGGAUUCAUGUAUGUUUGGCCGCGUCCGGUCUGGUUUAUGCCAAGCAUGGCUUGAAACCUGAAUUAAUUGUACUGUUUUAUGCAUGAUUACACGUUGAUAAUCAGUAAAUAAAGAAGAAGACGCGAUUUUGUAACAA